ACUCUUUUCAUUGGCCAAGACGUCAGGUCUGAAACUAUCCUGGCUGCUUCAUGCGCUUCCUUGCUUUUUCCAUUCAUUCAGCCCUGCAGCGGUGCGGAGGGAAAUACAGAAGAACUUCUAAAGCAGCACCUAAUCUUCCAUUUUAAGUGUCUCUCAGGGACUCCCGGCCUGCUCUCCCUCUGCGGCCUCCUCCUUUUGUGCUGACCAACUUUUGCACUCAAAACAACCAAGAACCAUGGCCCAGCAACAGAAGAUUAGCCUCCCAGCCAAACUGAUUAAUGGAGGGAUUGCAGGCAUGGUCGGGGUUACCUGUGUGUUCCCAAUUGACCUGGCCAAGACCCGCUUGCAGAACCAGCGCAGCGGGCAGCAACUCUACAAGAACAUGAUGGAUUGCCUAAUAAAGACAGUUAAAUCUGAAGGCUACUUUGGCAUGUACAGAGGUGCUGCAGUAAAUCUCACCCUGGUAACCCCAGAGAAGGCCAUCAAACUAGCUGCUAAUGAUUUCUUUCGCCACCAGUUGAGCAGAGAUGGUGGCAAGUUGACAGUGAUCAAGGAGAUGUUGGCAGGAUGCUGUGCAGGAAUGUGCCAGGUCAUCAUCACCACACCCAUGGAGAUGCUCAAGAUCCAGUUGCAGGAUGCUGGCAGGCUAGCGGCCCAGCAGAGGAUGGUGCCCAGUGUAGUAACAACUCUGAAGAUGGGGGGUACCAGUGCAGUUCUUAGCCGUUCCUACAACACCAACCCUGCGCCUCAAGUCAUGCGAGUGUCAGCCACACAGAUCACCAGAGAGCUGCUGAGGACCAAAGGAGUCACAGGACUGUACAGGGGACUCGGAGCCACAUUGAUGAGGGACAUCCCAUUCUCCGUUGUGUACUUCCCUCUUUUUGCACAUCUGCACCAGCUCGGCCAGCGUUCAUCUGAAGACCCAUCUGUGCCCUUUUAUUGGUCCUUCAUGUCUGGCUGCCUGGCUGGAUCCAUUGCUGCUGUGACUGUCAGCCCUUGUGACGUGGUCAAGACAAGGCUACAAUCGCUGAAAAAAGGAGCUAAUGAGGAAACUUACAAUGGAGUGGUGGACUGUGUCAGAAAGAUCCUGAGAAAGGAGGGUCCUGGAGCGUUCCUCAAGGGGGCCAGUUGCCGGGCCCUUGUUAUUGCCCCACUCUUUGGCAUUGCACAGGUUGUGUACUUUGUAGGAGUUGGAGAGUUCCUGCUGGGGUACACACCCUACAACAUUUACUCUGCAUAAACAAGUUGUUUCCUAGUCUUUCUGCUGCCUCAUUAAAUUACAGGCAGCUAUGCCCUGGGCAUAGCCAUUGACCCAGCUCACUAUUACUGUGUAACUUCUUUAUUUUUGGAGGCUUUCUGAGUAAAAUGCUAAAGUGACCAGAGAGCUGCCAUUUUAUUUCAAAAUGGUUUCAAGUUAUGCCUUUAGCAUGACUCAAUCUUAAAUUGAAACCUUCCUGUCGAUGAGCUUCAGUGAAGAUUAUUGCGAGAACAGAAUGGCCUUCCUCACUGUGGGACUUGAUAGUCCAACAUUGGCCACUGUUUCACUCAGGUCAGACUUGGAUACUUCUGUGGAACCAAACCUUUUCCCCCCUGCUUUCUUAGGCCUAGUCCACAUGUACACAGGUAGCGUAAACAAGUGUGUUGGCCUUUCGUCCACACACAGUCCACACCGGUGUUUUAGGUCACUGUAAACUGAGCUUUUGGGAAACUAUGGCCAGGUUGAACGCUUUUAGAAACACUGAUUGUCUGUUGUCAUGUAGGGAAAACGGAGUUUUUGGCUUUAACGUGAGCGUGUGCACUGUUAUCUUUUUGUGAGGUGUCACAAAUGAGGCAACAUUUCUUGCAAUGGCAGACGUGGCCAAAAUAGUGCUGGAAACGGGCUGGUUAACUUGGCUUGCGUGAGUUCUUGCAUUUAUUCACCGACAAACUGUACACACAAUGCGCUUCUACAUCUUCUCCACCACUCACUCGCUAACACGUGGGCUGCAGCUGCCGUUGUGUGUGCAACAUGCAUGGUGUGGCUGUGCCACUGUGUACGUGUACUGUCAUGCGGCUCAUGUGUGCAGAAGACAAUGGUGCGCAUUAGCUGUAUAAUGGCACUUCAUCAGUAUAUCACUGCUACAUAAUCCAACACUGCACAACGCAAACGAACAAAGGAAAAACCCAUUUUUAAAAAUACCAGUGUGGAUUAGGCCUUAGAUUUAGCCUUUAUCCCUAAAUAUGCUCCAUAUCAAUUGCUCUUUUAACCUAACCUUUAUAUCCCCUCUAACUGCCUUGGAGACUACUAGGUAUGGCUGUUACAUGUUAUUGCAAAAGAAACCUUACAGUGCAAGGGAGGCUCUACUAACUAAUACCAAUGGCAGAAUAUGGAAACAUUACUGGAAUAGCUUCAAUCCUGUUUUUAAAGGGUUACAUGUGAAACUGGGCCAUGGAUGUUGAUCCCGGUAUAUGUAUAUACUGUUUGUUUUUAAGCAGAUAUAAUUUGAUGAAUAACUUCUCUCACAAAAUUGUCAGGUGUUGUCCUCUGAACAACCUGGUUUGGAAAAGGGAUUGUUUAAGGGGUCAUAGCCUAUGAACGAACAAACGAAACAUUUGGACUUCCCGUCCACCAGUAUGCCAUACAGUGAUCCUGUGUUGUACUAAUUUCCAUUACAAGGAGUGAUUUCCCUAUGCUAUUGUUUGCCCAUUCUCUUAAUCUACACUGCGUUAUAAUUGCUUACAAGACUUAGCUGACAUAGGUACUUUCUGGUGUGUUUUUUCCAGAACAAUUGUGGUUGAGGUAUUUGGGUUUUCUACUGGACACUGAAUCACUGUGGCAGCAUACACAACUCUUGUUUAUUUAACAUGCAAACUUGAACUCUGUGACACAAUAAGGCCUUCUGCAGUUAAAUUUGGAGAGCUGCAUUUUUGUGGAGGAUAUGUUGUUUGAUGGUGGUAAGCUAGUCUAAUGAUAGGCAAUACUUAAUUAAUGGGAUGUGCUUUUGGGACCAAGUCUUAUGGAAAAGCUACAACAUAACCUAAACAUAGCCACUUUCUCUUAGACUGUGGUUGUGACUGGUCAGGUUUUCUUGUCAGUUAGAGAUAUAGGAGCCCACACAAAUGUACCAUGUUAGGCAUUUAGAAGCAGAACAGAGUGUAAUGUUGGGCUACACUCACCCAUUUCUGGAAAAUAUCACAGGUCAAAGUACUUUCAAGAGUUUUAUGUAAAUAUGUGUACUGUUUCAACCAGUUCAGUAGAUUAUUUAUUUUUCAGAUAUACAUUUUUAAAUGCUGAAUAAAUAUUUGUAAAUGCA